GAAGAAAUGAAAAACAGAACAUCUGUGAGGGAGUUUAUUCUUUUGGGAUUAACAAAUGACCCAAAACUAAACAUCUUGGUUUUUAUAUUUCUAUUUCUCACUUACAUUUUGAGCAUCACUGGAAAUCUGACCAUAAUUACUCUCACUCUGGUAGAUUCACACCUCAAGACGCCCAUGUACUUCUUUCUUCGGAAUUUUUCUUUCUUAGAAAUCUCAUUUACCACAGUGUGCAUUCCUCGGUUCCUUGUGAGCAUUGUGACGGGGGAUAGGAGCAUCUCCUAUAAUUCUUGCAUGGCCCAGGUGUUCUUCUUCAUACUCCUGGGUUCGAUUGAAUUUUUCCUUCUGGCUGCCAUGUCCUAUGACCGCUAUGUGGCUAUCUGUAAGCCCUUGCAUUAUACCACAAUAAUGAGCAACAGGGUCUGCAUCCAGCUUGUAAUCAGCUCUUGGCUGGCUGGAUUUCUCAUCAUCUUCCCACCUGUGAUCAUGGGGCUCCAACUGGAGUUCUGUGACUCCAACAUCAUUGACCACUUUGCCUGCGACUCCUCUCCCAUGCUGCUCAUCUCCUGCACAGACACAGCCUUCCUGGAGCUCUUGGCAUUCUUCCUGGCAAUAUUCACUCUCAUGGUAACACUAACAUUAGUGAUUCUCUCCUAUCUCUUCAUCCUUAAGACAAUCCUAAGAAUCCCUUCUGCUGAGCAAAGGAAAAAGGCCUUUUCUACCUGCUCCUCCCACAUGAUUGUUGUCUCCAUUUCCUACGGCAGCUGUAUCUUCAUGUAUGUCAAAACUUCCGCAAAAGAAGGAGUGGCUUUGACUAAGGGUGUAGCAGUCCUCAACACCUCUGUGGCCCCAAUGCUGAAUCCUUUUAUUUACUCCCUUAGAAACAAACAAGUGAAAGAAUCCUUGAAGAACUUGGUCAAAAAGUGUAUGUCAAAUAAAAUUUAA